AUGAGGGAGCGGAUUAGGCGAUACAUCCCGAGCUUUAAGCAAAGGAAUCUGGAUGGCCAGGGGCGUGGAUCGCGAGCGACUUUCUUGGAUGCGACGGGAGAUGAAAGGGAUGGGACACCGACAGCCAACGAGCGCGAUAUGGAAACCGCGCUUGCGAGAGUGCGACAGCUGGAGAGGAGGAGAGAUAAGGGUCCAGCCGCGGGCCAGAGGCAUCGGCGGCGCAAUGUGGUAGUGGCUAAGCGACAAGAAACCGAGAGUGAUCCAACUCCCUUACCUGUCAUUGUCAGCGAAAUAGUGGAUAGGAAUAGGCCUGUUGGUGUCGCUGGUGCGACAGUUACAGUCUCAAUUGGACUGUCGUUACAGAUCACCACGAUUUCGUUAGAGGGGUCGACUUUUGUUAGUGUUAGUUCAUCAUGGUUUACAUUCGAUGCGACUGGUGGAAUCAGCAGUGCGGAACCAACAUCGACGCCCGGUGCAUUGACGACGGCGACGACAACGUGGACCGAGAGCACGUCGACAGCGGAUUCUUCAUCGCCAAUAGAAACAUCUACCGCUCUUACAUCUUCGUCAUUAGAUUUAACUUCGGGAUAUCCGACGCCUAUCAGUCCUCUGACAACAUUUACAACGUUCCCUACCUCAACAUCGGCCACACCCGCUGCGUUCGACGAAGCGACAGUAUCGCUUGGUGAACUUCCCGUUGUUUAUCCUACGACGUUAUCGGCGUCAAUGGUUCCCUCUAGGAAUAUGACAGCCCAUGGGAUACUGAGGACUGAGACCACUGUGCGUAAAACAUCGACAUCGCUCGAAACCUCAACUACCUCUCGUCCAUCCUCUCGCCGUACAUCAUCAUCGACAUCGACAUCGACAUCGACAUCGUCACCUUACUCAUCAACACGGAUAUCCACCUCGAUUGAAGUAGCUGUCUCGACAAUAUAUCCCGCCGAAAGCGAACCUACCACACCACUUGACUCACCAACUUCGGUUGAAAGCCCAGAUGCUGGAUUGGGUUCUAAUAGCGGAAACCAACCUGCCAAUGAAAAUCUCCCACCGAUCCUCGGUGGCGUUUUUGGCGGUUUGGCGGGUAUUAGUUUGGUGUUAUGGGCGCUACUUUUUUUGUUGCGAAAAAGACGGAGGACUAGCGAAAGAACCGUCGGAAUCUUGGGUCCCGGAACAAGAGGUGGCCACCACCGUGCGAUUUCGGCGGAAACCGGGGCUGGAUCUGUGGGAGGGAUGUCGCAGGCCCGAACCUCAUUAAUGCCUACAUUACUAGGGGCUGGUGGUUUAUUCGGUCGGUCCUCAGCUGAUACAGCUGCCGAGCCGGCUGAGAGGGGGUUCGUUAAGAUAUCUGGAAGGAAGCUACCAUCUAUGUAUGGCGGCGAUGACAUGGUCCCUGCUAGCAUCGCCGUGGCUAAUGCCAGGGCAUCGGUAUCCGAGACCGGUAGCCGGAAUGUCAGUGGCGGAACCCAUCAUGCGGGAGGGGCAUCGAGCAGUGCAAGAGGAUCGUUUUAUCAAGAUGAUGACAUCCUGCACGCUCCAACACCCAGCCCCUUCCACCCAGGUGCAGCGCGAACAGCUAUGAGGUCUGGGUCUCCGGCGCAUGUGAGUCGCAUAUCCGAAGAUGAGCCUGUACUCGCUCAGGCCCGGCGACCGCCCCCACCCACCACCACCACCUCUCGUCAACGAACCGGAGGGAAGUUCGAGAUAUCCAACACCCCCACCGGGAGCCGUCCGUCGAAUGCAUUCGUUGAUUGGACCCGAUGGUGUCGGUCGCAGUCUUGCCAGCCAGGACGGCAGCAAGACAUCGAGGUUCACUGA